CCCUGGCCACUCUUAAUUUCCAAAGCUCCAGGUGCUGUUUUUCUUUGGGACUUAAAUACACAGUUUUUGGUUCCAGUGCAGUGGUACCCAGACUGAAAUUUGAGAGGUGCACCAUCAUUCUGGGCCUGUGAACAUAAUGAUCAUAACUACAGAUCUAAACCUUACACUCUGUGUCUAGCAGCCUGGUACCCACAUGCCUGCAGCCACUCAGGAUGGAGCAAACUCUGCUGGAUGAUUCUGCCACAGAGAGCUUCAAUGGCAACGAGACUCUGGGGCACAGUUCAGUUGCUUCGGGGGGAACACACAGCAGGGAGCUGGGCGACUCCAACUGUGACGGCAAAGCUGGGCUGGAGCAGGAUGAGCAGCCCCUGAACCUGAGUGACAGCCCCCUGUCCGCGCAGCUGACUUCGGAGUACAGAAUAGACGCCCAGAGCACUAAUGGAAAAAGCAAGUACAAGAACCUUCUGAUUUCCGACCUCAAGAUGGAACGAGAAGCCAGAGAAAAUGGAAGCAAGGAACAGAGAAGAAACAUACAUUACCCAUCCCUGAGGCAUUGGCAGUUAGCACAGUUUCUAACGUGUGUUUAUGAAAUCAGGUAGACCAGUUGGAAGAUGGUGAAGGGCAGGUUGUUCUCAUGCUGUGAAAAGGAAGAUAAAAGGUACAAGAAGAAAAAAAGGACAGGGCAAUUGGGUAGUUUUGGAUUAUCUGGUAGAAAGAAUCUACAGUCAGGUAUUAGAGAGUUUAUUUAGCAUCAUUUGUAGAAUCUACAGUUAGGUUAUUAGAGAAUUUAGUUAGCAUCAUUUAUAGUAUUAAAAAAGCAAUACUCAAUUGUUAAUCUCAGAUGUAUUAUGGAAAAAUUCAAUUAAUGAACACUUGUGGUAAAUUAUACCUUGCUAUAUAAAAAAUAAUUAAACUUUCUGAAUUAUUUGGCUUAUGAUCACUAGGAAUAACUGACUUAAAAUAAUUCUUAUUUGUGCUGAGAUUCUUGAUAUAUUGUCUGACUUAUAAAAUCUCGGAAUAUGUUUUUCCUCAUGAUUUUGAUUCUCAUUUUUCUGUGAAGAACUCACAUUUAAGAAUUUACACUUUUAAAGUAGUGUUUUAACUACACUUUCUAUAUUCAGGUCUAUAGUUCCUUACUUUCAGGAAAUAAAUUCAGUAUCAAGUCACCAUCUCUCUCAGAGUCAUUGUUGAGUUUUAAGACGUCUUUGUUAUGACAGCAAUGUCACUAUUUCUAAGUAGAGAAAAUAGAAAUUAGCAUUUGAUGAUGUCUGCAGAGGAGUUUCCAGGCACUGAAUACAGAAACAGACAUUAUCCUUCCCCUGAAAAGGAAUACACAUUGUCAAGUACUCACACUGUUUUG